AUGCAAUGGGGAGAUAACAGUUUCACAAGGAAGACUAGUGUGCACAGUGUCGAUACAAAGCCUGGAGUUGCUUCAAUAUCUCAAGUAUCCAACUUGGAAAAGAAGCUUGAAAUUUUCAUGCAAUCAAUGACCAGAUUUGUUUCUCUUUCCUUUGUGUGUGCUAUUUGCUCUGAUAGUUCUUAUCCAACUAGUAGUUUCCCUUUGAGUGAUCUUACGUAG